UUGAACAAGGCCUAGGAUUUCCAAAGCAAAGAAAAAAGGGGUCUCUGCUUCAGGACCCAAGGAGAAAGAGGGACAGGAAGCUACGUGCAGCUCUUUUUAAGGACAACAAAGUGAUAGUUGGAAAACCUUAUUUGGCCACAAUGCUAUCAGCCUUGAACGUCAGUGACAUUGGUCAAGAUUCAACAUUAGUGGGUCACUAUAGUCCAGAACAAAUAGUCACCAUGAUCAUAUUAGCUGUUACAUUUAUUUUCGGUGUGCCAGGAAACAGCUUGGUGAUAUGGGUUACAAGCGUGAAAAUGAGAAGGACGGUGAACACGGUCUGGUUUUGGAACCUUGCUGUAGCUGACCUGAUUUGCUGCCUGUCUCUUCCUUUCUCCAUUUCUGUUGAGGUCCUUCAUGACGUAUGGCCAUAUGGCUCCAUCCUCUGCAAGCUGCUACCAUCCAUUGUUAUCCUCAACAUGUUCGCUAGCGUUUUCACCCUUGUAACCAUCAGUGUGGACCGAUGUCUUGUUGUGGUUAAGCCGGUUUGGUCACAGAAUAAUCGCACUGUACAAAAAGCUUGGCUUGCAUGUGUUUGUAUCUGGCUACUCUCUUUUCUGAUGUGUCUUCCUGUAUUCCUCUAUCGGGAAACGUUAUUAAUAGAUGAAACUACUCAUUGUGUCUACAACUAUGAUGGGGAAAUUAAUUUGAAUUAUAGCUACAAUAUCCGGGGAACGUUCGAAACAUAUAUAUAUAACGAUAUAAAUCGCAUUGAGGCUUCCACUUCAACUAAUGCCAUCAUUACUGUAACAGUAACCCGUGCUAUUUUAGGGUUCUUUUUACCAUUUUUGAUCAUCACUGCCUGCUACCUCUGCCUAGCCUGGAAGCUGCAGAACUCCAGGUUUGGCAAAGUGGGCAGCAAAACACGGAAAGUAGCAACGGGUAUAGUUAUUGCAUUUUGUGUGUCCUGGGCCCCCUACCACAUUGUCGGCAUUGGUAUGCUUUUUCUAGAAAGCCCAACCUUAACGGCGCUUGACCACUUAUCACAGGGACUGGCAUAUGCCAACUGCUGUGUCAAUCCCAUCCUGUAUGUCUUCAUGGGAAAAGAUUUCAAGAAUAAGUUGCAGAAAUCUUUUCAUGUGCUGAUGGAAAGUGUAUUUAGUGAGGAGGUAACACGGACCACUGGACAUGACAAAAGUGAGAAAAGCAGAAAAAACAGCAUAACUGUGUGA